UCUUUUUCUUGGUACAGACUACAGAGGUGAAAAAGGAAAGAUAGUGUCUCCAAGAUCAAGUCUUUCCCACUCUGCGAGUCUGAAAGAUGUCGUCAAUCGCAGAUGAAGACUACUCAAGGUCGGUGACCCUAGAAACAUCGUUUGGUGAUUUCACCGUUGAGCUCUACUACAAGGACGCACCCAGGGCUUGCAGAAACUUCAUGGAGCUCUCACGCGGGCAUCAUUAUGACGGUGUCACAUUCCACAGAGUCAUCAAGAAUUUUUUAGUGCAAGCUGGUGAUCUUUCUGGGACAGGAAAGGGUAUAAAAUCAAUUUACGGUGCAAAAUUUGAGGACGAGAUAAAACCCCAGUUGAAUCAUACUGCAGCGGGCAUUCUAUCCAUGGCAAAUACUGGUCCAAAUACGAAUGGAACCCAAUUCUUCAUCACGCUGGCACCAUGUCCAUCACUGGACGGAAAGCACACCAUAUUUGGAAGAGUUUGCAGAGGAAUGGAUACAAUCGUAGAAAUUGGCAAUGUCCCAACUGAUGACAAUGAUAGGCCACUUGAAGAUGUGAUGAUACUUGGAGCAUCUGUCAAAGAUGUAAUCCAUGAAAUCAAUGUAUAUCCAUAAAGUCAAGGUUCCUGUGCCAAGUUAAGGCACGAAGUCGUGUCACUCAUUUACAAAUAUGAUGAUUGAUGAGAAAACUAAUGGUGGAAGAAAAGGGGAACGGGUCAGUUAUGUGGAUUAGAUACUCUCCUCCAUUCUGGCACUUCAGGCAUUUUACCCAAGACUUAAGUUUUCUAUCUUCCUUCUGGAUUUCUGUUUUUACUUCUUGCUUGAAGAAUGAAUACAUGAACUAUUGGCCUACUGCCAGGUUCUCACUCAAAUGGAUAUAAUGUAGAUGAUCGAUUUUAGAGGGCAGACAACCAUGGUUUCCUUUUUAAAUUAUAUUAUUUAUUCA